AUGUAGCCUCAAUUUUCAAAUCUUCCAGCGCUUUCUCCAAAGUCCUUGUGUGUUCAUCAUUCAGUUAAAAAAACGUAUGAUGGCAUCGAAAAUUCCUAGAUGUGGACAGAGUGUGCGACCUGUUGCCGGUGGUGCAGAAAUGAAGAGAGUGGCCAAUAAAUAUGAAUUUAAAGAGGCUGCCAUACCAUCAGACUUCAAUUUUGUUCAAAAAACAGCUUGUUUUAAGCCUCAAAAUGAGAACCUACCAAGAACAAAUGUACCUAAUGUGCGUAAAGGUAUCUCUACUAGAUAUGGACAGCAACUGUCAGAACUAAAGGGCCGAAAUAAACAUUUAGAGGAUACCAAUGAGGAACUGCAGAAAAAACUUACGGAAACUCAGCAAAAAUGUGCCCUUCUGGAGCAACAACACAGUGAGCUUCAAGUAACCAACGUUGACAUCCAGAAGCAACUGAAGGACUGCCACGUUCUACUGGUUGCUGGAAAUAUUGAUCCAGUUUUGGGAGAAAGAAUUAGAGAAAUUAAACAAGAAAAUGAGGAUCAAAGAAGAGAAGUUGUGAAUAUAUCACAAGAUCUGUUAAGUGAACUGCAGACAUUUGGUGACAUGGCAACAGAACAAAGUGCACAACUAACAGAAGUUCAAAAGACUAUGAAGGAUCUCAUGGAGGCUCAGGGGCAUCUUGUGCAGGAAAGCAAUAAUUUUUCUUUCGACGUUGAAAAAAUGGAGAAGGCUCUAGAGGAAGCAGAGCAACUGUUAUUGGAGUAGUGUGUUUGUAUAUUUUAAUACUUGUUUUGACAUUUUUAAUAUUUCAAUAAACAUUAUAAUCAUUAAUAAUUUACAAAUGUUGUGACAAUCAAAUUUAAUUAAAUGCGUAUUCAGUAA